AUGCCUACGUAUCAGCCUACGAAGGUGUUUAAAGAUCGUAGGGAAUCAAGGGAAGUAGACUAUCGGGCCUUAUAUCGGUUUAGUAAAGUUAAUGGGCGGUGCUUUGAGCAAUAUAGAAAGAAUGAGGGUUUUUUACGAUAUGUGGGUGAUCCAGGAUUUCAAAUUGGCAUAGGAGAAGCUAUUGGUGUCCAUCAAUCUACGGCAUCCCGAACCGUUUCCAACGUUAUAACACGCAUUGUGCAGAACUCGAACAUUUGGAUUAGAUUCCCAACCACAUCCGAAACACUUGUAUUUGUUCAAGUAAAACGAGACGUUGGAGCUCUGUUAUUGAUAAAUCUCGUGCUUCAUCAGUUUCCACUAAUCCUCGUUUUCCUUUUUUUUAGAAGAAUCUUUACUGGGUCCGGCUUUCAUUGUGGCUGUUGGAGUGUAAUCAAUGCUUUUUUCAAUACUAGGAUUUGGUUCUCCUGGUAG